AUGAUUCCUUCUUCCUUUGUUGACGUUAUUGUUAUCGGCGCCGGUCUCAGUGGCCUCCAAGCAGCUGUAGACCUCGACAAAGCCGGUCUCUCAUACAUCGUCCUCGAAGCCAAUGAUCGGGUCGGCGGCAAAACUCUCUCUGUCCCAAGUUCUUCGAAAAGCGAUGGAAUAGUCGAUCUAGGUGCUGCAUGGAUAAAUGACAGCAGCCAAAAAGAGAUGUACGCCUUGGCCCAGGAAUUCGGCUUUGACCUUGUCGUCCAACGAACCGAGGGACUGUCACUCGAUCAGUCGAAUGGAACUACGCAUGCCAUUCCCUACGGUCAAUUUGGAGAUUUUACGGAUGAGCAACUCGCUGAAAUUGUCGUGAUCUUGACGAAACUGCAAGAAUAUGUUGAUCGAUCUAAUCUUGAACACCCUCACCUCGGCCCCGAUGCUGAGAAGCUUGAUUCCAUGACAGCUCUGGAGUUUGCUAGCAAAGAAUUUGGUCAAGGCAUUGCUAAGGUUCUUGUGGCGAUUUUGACCCGGGAUCUCCUUGGCGUCGAAGCGAAUGAGCUUAGUGCUUUGUUUCUCAUUAAUUAUAUCAAGAGCGGAACUGGUCUUGCAAACAUAUCCUCCGACAGAAAGGAUGGCGGCCAACCAGGUAAUGAGAGGUUUGCAAUUAAGCUAGCUGCUAAGCUCUCCAAGAAGAACAUCAAACUCAACUCUCCCGUGGUCAAAAUUACCCAAGAUAAGAAGGGAUGUACCGUUAAGACGAAGAGCGGUCAUAAAUAUCACUCUAAGAAAGUCAUUCUUUCGGUUCCGACAUCUCUUUAUCCCAAAAUCGACUUUGAGCCUCAUCUGCCGCCGGCCAAGAAAGAGCUUGGUUACUCUACUGAACUCGGCUACUACUCAAAGUCCAUCUUGGUGUUUGACGAGCCUUGGUGGCGUAAUGCUAAUCUCUCUGGUGUACUGACGUCUAUGGAUGGUCUCAUCUCGUUUACUCGAGAUACCUGUGUUCCUGAGGAUAAGCAGUACAGCAUCACUUGCUUCCACGUUGGCCAGCCUGGACGAGAGUGGUCUCAGCUGUCUGAACAAGACCGCAAAGAUACAGUACUGAAGCAGUUCGACGAUGCUUUUGGUACAGUUGUCGACAAAGUCCCUGAGCCUAUUGACAUCAUGGAGAAGGACUGGCUGAAGGAUCCUUGGUUUUUGGGUGGACCUAGCCCAGUGAUGAAGCCUGGACUGCUGACUGGUGCUGGAAAGUCUAUUCGUGAUCCCUUCAAGAGCAUUCACUUCAUCGGCACUGAGACUUCUGUUGUUUGGAAGGGGUAUAUGGAGGGGGCUAUUAGAUCUGGCAUUCGAGGUGCUCGUGAGGUUAUUGAAGUACUUGACUGA